CUCAAACGAAAGACAUGUUUACGAGUACGUGAUAAGAAGCCAGAAACCGAGGAGGCAAGAAGACCGAAAUACCUGUACAUGUUAUACAAAGUAGGCGAUAAAUCUUCUGGGGACAGACUCUUAUCAUAUUUUCCUAUACACGUUUGAUUGGUUUAUUGUUAAAAAGACAAAAUGGGUUGCUGGUUCUCCAAAAAAUCCAAGAGAAAAUCACCCGAAAAGGAACCUACUCCGAAAACGGUGGAAGAUAAGGCGAACAGCAGCAACGCCAACAACAUUGACCUCUGCAGCAAUACAACAGAGGACCCACCUAAACAAUACAGCUGGGACAAACGCGAAAAGGUUGACCCGAAGGACUUCAUGCUAACGGGGCUGAAGGAUGCCACGGUGGGCCGUCUGCCAGGCAAGCUGAACGGACAGCAGUUUGUCAUCCAGGACUGUGACAACUGUAAGAUCUUCGUGUUGGACCACUCCGCCACCAUCACCAUCGACGACUGCACUAACUGCUGCAUUGUUAUGGGGCCAGUGAAGGGCAGUGUGUUCUUCAGGGACUGUAAGGACAUCAAGUGUGUGGUGGCCUGCCAGCAGUUCAGGACCAGGGACUGUCAGAAGAUGGAGGUGUUCCUGUGUUGCGCCACUCAGCCCAUCAUCGAGGCGUCCACGGGGAUGAAGUUCGGCUGCUUCCAGUACUACUACCCCGAGCUGGCCUUCCACUUCAAGGACGCAGGCCUCAGCAUUUUCAACAACAACUGGAGCAACGUCCAUGACUUCACGCCCGUCUCAGGGGAGACCAACUGGAGCCUGCUGCCUGAGGACACUGUGGUGUUGGACCACGUUCCAGCCCCUGACCCGGAGUCAGAGUUUAAAUCAGUCCGGAUCUCAGCUGAGGCAUCCCGCAGCAUCGUACCCAUGACCAAAGGAGGCAGACGCAAGGAGAGUGACGAGUCCUGUCUGUUUGUGUUCUUCUCUGGGGACUACACCACUGCCAACGCCAGGAAACUCAUUGAUGAGGCCUCUGGGAAAGGGUUUGUGCUGAUCCAGACUAAGGAAGUGUCCAUGCGCCCUGAGGACGUCAGCAGAGUGUUCCAGAACGAUGCAGAGGGACUCCUCGAGUGGAUCACCAACGGCCCAGUGACAGCUCUGGAGUUGAAUGGGGACGGGGUAGUGGAGGCCUGCAAGAGCAUGGCCAGUGAGAUGUUCAGUGGAACCAAGGUGUUUGUUUCAGACAACAGAAAUACUUCCUCUCGAGAUGUGGACAACUUCUUCAACUUCGCUGACAUGCAGAUGGGCUUGUGAUUGAGUCACUGUAUGACAAUCAACUUACUACACAACCAAGCAUUUAUUUGUUAUAUUUUUUAUACUAGUAGGUAGCGGAGAAGGACAGGUUAAUCAACAUAGUGAUGGUAGGUAGCGGAGAAGGACAGGUUAAUCAACAUAGUGGUGGUAGGUAGCGGAGAAGGACAGGUUAAUCAACAUAGUGAUGGUAGGUAGCGGAGAAGGACAGGUUAAUCAACAUAGUGAUGGUAGGUAGCGGAGAAGGACAGGUUAAUCAACAUAGUGAUGGUAGGUAGUGGAGAAGGACAGGUUAAUCAACAGAAUGAUGGUAGGUAGCAGAGAAGGACAGGUUAAUCAACAUAGUGAUGGUAGGUAGCGGAGAAGGACAUGUUAAUCAACAUAGUGGUGGUAGGUAGUUUAGAAGGACAGGUUAAACAACAUAGUGAUGGUAGGUAGUGGAGAAGGACAGGUUAAUCAACAUAGUGAUGGUAGGUAGUGGAGAAGGACAGGUUAAUCAUCAGAAUGAUGGUAGGUAGUGGAGAAGGACAGGUUAAUCAACAUAGUGGUGGUAGGUAGUGGAGAAGGACAGGUUAAUCAACAUAGUGAUGGUAGGUAGCGGAGAAGGACAGGUUAAUCAACAUAGUGAUGGUAGGUCGUGGAGAAGGACAGGUUAAUCAACAGAAUGAUGGUAGGUAGCAGAGAAGGACAGGUUAAUCAACAUAGUGAUGGUAGGUAGCGGAGAAGGACAGGUUAAUCAACAUAGUGAUGGUAGGUAGUGGAGAAGGACAGGUUAAUCAUCAGAAUGAUGGUAGGUAGUGGAGAAGGACAGGUUAAUCAACAUAGUGGUGGUAGGUAGUGGAGAAGGACAGGUUAAUCAACAUAGUGAUGGUAGGUAGUGGAGAAGGACAGGUUAAUCAUCAGAAUGAUGGUAGGUAGUGGAGAAGGACAGGUUAAUCAACAUAGUGAUGGUAGGUAGUGGAGAAGGACAGGUUAAUCAACAGAAUGAUGGUAGGUAGUGGAGAAGGACAGGUUAAUCAACAUAGUGAUGGUAGGUAGUGGAGAAGGACAGGUUAAUCAACAUAUUUAUGGUAGGUAGCGGAGAAGGACAGGUUAAUUAGUUAUAACGAGCAGCCAGGGGGGGAACGCUGUAUUAGUUAUUUGGCUAUUCGGAUUUCUUGAAAUUCAAGAAAGUAUUCUCUUGUUUAUAUUGUGUAUAUUUUGGUCUUCGCUGUUCUGUUAGGUAAUUAAUGUGUGUGUGUGUAUGUGUGUAACACACAUUGAAACCAUUGUGGUGAAUGAUCGGUGUAGAGUGAAGUUGCCCCUAGAUUCUGAUCUUGAAUCAGUUUUGCAUUUUCCCCCACUGUUUUAUGUUAGGAUUUGUGGAGGUGAAGAGCUGAUCCAAGAUCUGUUCCUAGGGGAAACUUUACCUCGUACAUCAUGUAUUUUCUCUUCGGUAUUUGUUAGGGUCCUUGCUAUUUGGGAUGCUUGGGACGUCCCAACAAUGUCAUCCCAUUCAAGUUGAAAUUUAAACUAGUCUAGGUAAGGGUUAAGGUUCGGUUCGAGGUUAAGGGCUCAGACACAGCAGUAGUGUUUUCUGGCCCAGAGUACUUGGCCCCUCUGAACGUAAUUUGUGAACCGAGUGCGCACAGAUUUUACAUGUAGAAUCAGGUGAAAUGUGUCUGUGGUCAGACGUCUAUAAACGGUGGUCCCUAAAACACAGUGCGCUGAACGAUCGACAGACGAACGCUAAAUCCCCAUUCGGUCCCAUAUGUGCAAGCCUUUCAAGUUAGGUUUAGGGUAGGGACGUCCCAACCACUCCCAAUAGCACUAACCCAUUAGUUUGUGUGUUUGGUUGAGCAGCAAGACACCGUGACUUCCUUAGUGGUUACCUGACUUACCUGUGUUGUUUCCAGACACGUUGUCAGGGUGAUACUGGUGUAAAUAGCUGAUUGGACAAUGCUGUGAUUGAGUACAGGGGUGUAUUCACUAGGAAAUAAACAGAAGCAAGCGGGACAAAAUGGGGAAGAGACUUACCUAAAACAAAUGUUUUGCUACAGUUGGUGUGCACAAAUAGACACCUCAACACUUUGGUUACACCAAUGUAGACUACACCUAUUAUGUAAAUAAUUAUUUCACAUAUUUUAGUUAAUGUUUUUUUUUUGUGGGGGGGGGGGGGGGGGUGAACUAAAUAAAUGUUCUUAGAAAGCAUUUAGAAUGUAUUGAAGACAGGAAGAGAGGUGGUAAUGUUGUUUUCUAUGGGACCAGACAGGAAGAGAGGUGGUAAUGUUGUUUUCUAUGGGACCAGACAGGAAGAGAGGUGGUAAUGUUGUUUUCUAUGGGACCAGACAGGAAGAGAGGUGGUAAUGUUGUUUUCUAUGGGACCAGACAGGAAGAGAGGUGGUAAUGUUGUUUUCUAUGGGACCAGACAGGAAGAGAGGUGGUAAUGUUGUUUUCUAUGGGACCAGACAGGAAGAGAGGUGGUAAUGUUGUUUUCUAUGGGACCAGACAGGAAGAGAGGUGGUAAUGUUGUUUUCUAUGGGACCAGACAGGAAGAGAGGUGGUAAUGUUGUUUUCUAUGGGACCAGACAGGAAGAGAGGUGGUAAUGUUGUUUUCUAUGGGACCAGACAGGAAGAGAGGUGGUAAUGUUGUUUUCUAUGGGACCAGACAGGAAGAGAGGUGGUAAUGUUGUUUUCUUUGGGACAGAACCUCAUCCCUGUGAUGAAAUUCCUGCUUCUCAAAUGGCGCCCUAGUCCUCUACUAUUGACCAGGGUAGUGCACUAUAAAAGGACUAGGGUGCUGUUUGGGAAGCACGGUAUACUUUAACAUUUUGUAUUUGUUGAAGGAAUGAUCUGAUUGGGACUUUGUAUUGCUAAAUGUUUCCUAUUCCUAUCUCUGUAGAAUCAAAUGAACAUGUCAUUACUAAUAUAUUAAAGAUCCAUUUGUA